AUGGCGGCGCCUCAGGACUUCAAGUCGCUGCAGGACGGGGUCCAAAAGCCCCUUGUGUCCACUGUCAAGUAUGCAAACCGCAUCGCCGCCGAGGAUCUCAGCUUCCAACGGACCGUCAACCCGGACACCGCGGAGCAGCUCGAUGAAAAGUCGGCACGCCUGCUUGAUCUCUCAACGCGCCUAUUGCGAUCGGCUGCACGCGCCUGCGGCGUCGCCGCCCCGACUCUCACCGAUGCCGAAGAUAUCGAUAUGAACUGGCAAGGUGUUGUCGACGUGGUCGACUCUGUCCUCGAAAAGGCCGACACGGCCCUCGAUGAAUACACAGGGCUCAUCAAGCGCAAAGAACCUCCCUCCGACGCUGCCUCUAACUCAAAACGAGCAAAAUCUACGAACAAAGUCAUCCGAAAUGCAAAUGUCGUCAAGCCGCAAAAUCUCUUCGAUGUGAAACCCGACAACUUUCCCACUGGUCCAUGGAAGCCGACUCUUACAAACAAGCCACAUGCUGUCGUAUCUUUGCAAGACAGUCUUGUUACGUUCACUGACGAAGACGGCUUGACGCAGUACAAACACCCAUAUGAGCAUGAAAUCCUACAAAUGACCUACCCCGACAGCGCUUUCAAGGUAGCUGACCCUAUCCCGUGGCAGCCCGUCGAAACGACCACAGCAAAAUGGGUGGAUACGUACGAAGGUGUGCUCGAGAUGCUCGAAGAGUUGAAAAAGGCAAAGGAGAUCGCCAUUGAUCUCGAACAUCACGACUUUCGAACAUACGUCGGCUUGGUUUCUCUCAUGCAGGUCAGCACCCGGCAGCAGGACUGGAUCGUCGACACUCUUCAGCCCUGGCGCCACAAGCUUGAGGUGCUGAAUGAGGUUUUUGCGGACCCCUCCAUCAUCAAAGUAUUUCACGGAGCUUAUAUGGACAUGGUCUGGCUACAGCGCGACCUAGGCCUUUACAUCAAUGGCCUUUUCGACACAUUCUUCGCUUGCGAGCAAUUGGCUUACUCAGGGCGCAGCCUUGCCUUUUUGCUCUCCAAAUUUGCCAACUUUGACGCCGAUAAGCAGUACCAACUGGCUGAUUGGCGUAUUCGCCCAAUACCGGAAGAAAUGCUCUACUAUGCUCGAUCCGAUACCCAUUAUCUGCUCCAUAUAUAUGACCAGGUUCGCAAUGAUCUUGUCUCAUCGUCAAAUCAAAGUAUACCGGAGCAAAAUCUCAUCGUUCGUGCCCUGCAAAAAUCAAAAGAGCUUUCUUUAUCUCGACAUGUACACCCAGGAUACAACGAGGAAACUGGAGAGGGGCCUCGGGGUUGGUAUAACUACGUCCUGAAGCACUCGCAUUUGUCUUACGAUGCAGCACAAUUCACCCUAUUCAAGACCCUUUGGAAGUGGAGGGACGACACGGCAAGAAAAGAAGAUGAGAGUCCCAAUUUUGUCCUGGGAACAAACAAUCUAGCCGAUAUAUGUCGUGCCAAUCCUCCCGAUGCCAAGGCUCUUCAUAGUCUGAUGCCUUUGACGGCGCCUCUGGCUAGAUCAAGAAUCAAUGAAAUUUGGACCCGAGUUUUGGAAGCCAGCCAACGCCCGGGACCGAGUCUACUGCAAUUCUUUGCAAGCAUCGCUCCAGACGCGGCGACGAGAAAUGCGCUGCCCAAGGCAGGCCGCGAUCUGGCCAAGUUGCCAGAGCCUGGCGGCACCAUUUCCUGCAGAAGUCUGCCUCGCUCACGCUUGUUUGGCGACAUGCCCAUUAGCUCACGGCGGAGCGGUUCACUGGAUGUGGAUGAAAGCAUGAACGACGAGGUUCCAUUCCCUUGGCAAAGAUUCGUUGCCUCUGUUCAAGAGGGCACGGAAAUGGAGGAAGAUACUUCUUCCCUCGUGAAACCCGAAGCUUCCUCGCCUGCCCCGCCCGCUCCUGUCGAGGAAGAUGAGGAGUUCACGCUGAAGCGCGGCACGAAACGGAAGUCGGAAUCUGCACCUGACGAGGACUCAGAAACUAGCGAAGAAUCCGAAUCCGACGAGGAUGAAGUGGCCGACAAGCCAGUAGAACCGGCGCCGGCCGACGGCAUCAUCGAUAUCGACGAUGAGGCUCCACGGAAGAAACAACGCAACGCCGAAAAGAAGCAGGCCAAGCUUGAAAGGCAGCAAAAACGGGAGGCCAAGCUGGCAAAGAAGGUGCGGCGACAGGCGGAGAGUGAACAGAAGUCGGUAGCAACAGACAAGAAGUACAAUGCAGUGCCGUUUGAUUAUAGCAAGGCGACAUCUGUCAUGCACGCGAAGCGUGACGGUACCGCCGCGGCCCUGGCUGCGCGCCCGGCAAAGCAGCAAAAGGUGUUUGACCCGUAUUCCAAGACGGGCGACGACCUGCUGAAGGGCGCAAGAAAGGCACCUCCAAUUCGGGGUGAGAGAAGCGCUACGUUUAAGAAAUAA